CUAAUUCUUCUCUCCAGUAAGUAAAACUACCUCGUACCUCGUAGUAAGAACAUAUUUAUAUAAUAUAACCUUAAUAAUUGCAUUUAUUUAUUUUUAUUGAUAACGUGCAAAACAUGUUUUUGUUAAAAGUAUUAUUUUGCGUGUUUGUGUUGUCCGGUAGUGAAAUAUCUUUCGCUUUGGCGGAACGCCGCUGCUUCGACUGCGUUUCAAUAUCAUCGUGUGAAUCUGGUCUUGACUUCGCUCGGGGAAUCCGUCAAGGAACUCUUCCACCAACAAGCAGACAAACUUUUUUUGAUGCCAUAUGUGGUUACGAUGCUAACGAUUCUAGAAUACCAAAGGUUUGCUGCUCGGAUUUUGAUACGAAUGCAACACCUACCUCCAUACCGUGGACAGUAAGUCGUAUGGGGGAUCCAAUCGAAUCGCAUUCAAACAUAGGACUCCUGCCAACAUCCUGUGGAGAUAUUGAUGGCUCUCGAAUUAUCUUUGGCGUGAUUCCCAAGCUGUACGAAUUGCCUUGGAUGACACUCAUCGGUUACCACACAACUGCCGGUGUGGAUUUCCGUUGUGCUGGGAGUGUAAUCAACUCGAGGUACAUCCUGACAGCUGCGCACUGCGUCACCAACGGCCGAAAAUUGAAGAACAUCGCUGGGGUUCGCGUAGGAGAGUUCGACUAUAGUACGGAUGUUGAUUGCCAAGGAGCCUAUGACAAUAUGGUUUGCGAGUCUAAGAUUCAGGAUAUAUCUGUAGAAGAAAUUAUACCACAUAAGAGUUUCACGGGGCAGCCACCAGUCGAAGCUGACAUCGCGCUUCUCCGCCUCAGUGAAACCAUUAAUAUGACGAAUAACGCAGCUCCAAUAUGUCUACCAGUGUACAGCGACCUCCGUAACGCGCGCCUGGCGGGCAAGAAUGCAACAAUCGCAGGCUGGGGUGUUACAGAAAACAAGACUUCAUCCACGAAACUGUUGAAGGCUGAGAUUCCGAUUCUAUCCAACGAUGUUUGCAGUCAUUAUUACAAUAGGUACGAACAUCAACGAAGCUCAUUAAUAGAGAACAUGUUUUGCGCUGGUGCAAUGAUGAAGGACUCAUGCGACGGUGAUUCGGGAGGUCCUCUCAUAGUGGAAUCCGACUUCAACGGGCAAAUACGACUGGUGCAAUUCGGCAUCGUUUCCUUCGGACCCGCUCAGUGUGGCACGGAGUUCCCAGGAGUUUAUACUGAUGUGACGAAGUAUAUGGGUUGGAUAUUAGACACUAUUAAGCCAUAAGUUUGUACAAGUUUUAAAUUAACUUGCCGUGGUUAUAUAUUGUGGUCAAAUCUUGCAACGGAAUUUUAGAUCAUUUCCCACAACCAAUUGAGCUGGGUUCUCAUACAGGUAACUUCGAUGAUUAAGUAUGUAAUAAUCUCGUGAUGCAGCCUGGAGGUAGCUGUAAGAACUCUUCAACUUAUCAACAUACGUUAUGCCUCUAAUAGUAUGCAAGAUUAAUUUUAUAUAAUGUUAAUAAUAUGAAAGAUAUUUAAACUUAUUCUGUUCGCGAUUAUCCGUGGGUAAUACGUACUCGGGCAUGCUCACCACUUCGUGAGUGCAUGCCCGAGUUUCACCCAUCCAGAUAUUCACUUGGGUCAACGCAGCACAGGAUCUGUCGAAUAGAUGCACGCUUUUACAACUACUCACCCAUUAUAUUUGUUAAUAAAGAUAAUAAUGUUUAAGAUUAAUUUAAAAUAAAAUAUAAGCAUAC